AUGUUUCUGUCACCAACUUUCUUUCUCCUUUAUCUGUCUUCUUUUAUUUUCUCUUUUUUCAUUCCUCUUCCAUCGCAGGCUUUAUUUCUCCUUCUAAACGUUCACUGUCUUUACAUCUUACAGUUCUCUUUCUUUCUUUCUUUUUUCACACGCAUGUCUUUUCUCUUCGCUUCUUCCCCCUAUUUUCCUGUGGUAUCUCAUCGUUCAGUUAUUUCAACUGUCUAUCGUUUCUCUCUACUUAAAUUUCUUUCUUGGUUUCUUUCAUUUUUUAAAUUAUUUCCGUUUAAUAUUUUUUUUAUUCUUUAUGCAUUCUUCUUCAUUCACUAUUUCUUCUCUAUUCUUUAUUUCUCGAUUUACUCCUACAUGGUCUCUUCACAGCCUAUUUUUCAUCACGUUCAUUCAUUUAUAUAUAUAACCAUUUGUCUAUCAAUCAUUAUCCCUUCUUCUUCUUCAUCUUCUUCUUCUUCUUCUACAAAAUGCCGGAAAUUAGUCUGUCGCUUCAAAGUACACUUCCCUCAAAUUCGAUCGUCGACAAGUUCGCAAGCUAACGUCAUUCUUUUGUCUUCAUCGCACUAA